AGUAGUCACGUGAUUUGAGUGCUGCUUUAGAGUAGAGAUCGCAAUGGCGGUUCCCGGUUUCUCGCGAACGGGAAUGCUAGAAGUGUUUACGCGGCAGCAAUGGUACAAAGUGUUGGUUACCUUAGAGGAAGACUGUCUAUGCAUUAAUUUAGACGAAAGCUACGACGCUUCGUCGACAAACGGUCCGAGUAACGGCUUAUCGGAUACGGAACCUCCGGAUAUUCCGGAGAGUAUUACAAACCAGAAACGUGUGGUCCGUGUUGUGAAGCAAGACAACAACGGUUUGGGAAUCAGUAUCAAAGGCGGAAAAGAAAACAAGAUGCCCAUCCUCAUCAGUAAGAUAUUCAAGGGUAUGGCAGCCGAUCAAACCGAGCAGUUGUAUGUGGGUGAUGCUAUCCUGUCAGUCAAUGGAGAGGACCUGAGAGAAGCAACACACGACGAAGCCGUCAGGGCCCUUAAAAGGGCCGGUAAGAUCGUAGAUUUAGAAGUGAAGUAUUUACGAGAAGUGACUCCAUAUUUUCGGAAAGCGUCAGUAUUGUCAGAAGUUGGCUGGGAUUUCCAGCAAGGUGGAUUUUUAUCCAGGGAAUCGGCUCAGGGUCGGCACAAGAUUCCCCGGUCAGACACACGUUACGUACCCCUACUUUUGUGUCAUCUGGCAAGAAACUUUACGACUCCAGAUGCAGAAAACAGAACCUUUGAAAUUCAUUCUCCGGAUCGUCGUCAUGCGUGUGCGCUUCGAUGUACUGACAGUGUGCAGUGUUCAGCUUGGUUCAAUGCUGUGCAUUCUGCAAUUAGCAGUCUUAUGGCACCUGCUGUGGUGGAGGCUAGCAAUUUACUAAUUGAUGUGUUAGAUAAUGCAGAAUUGAAACAUAUGGGAUGGUUAGCAGAAAAGGCAAAUGAUGAAGGAGGAAGUGUUCAAUGGAGACCUGUAUUUGUAGCAAUAACAGAUCGAGAUUUAUUAUUCUAUGAUUUAGUUCCGUGGACAAAGGAAGCCUGGGCAGUUCCUGUACACAGUUUCCCAUUAGUACAAACAAGAUUAGUACAUUCUAGUAGUAUUGGACGCCAACAGGGUGUUGUCGUUCCAGGAAUUACAGACAUCACAACUUUUACCGUCCGGCUAGGAACAAGGCAGGGUAUCGAAUCUCGAGUGAUGAGGGUAGAGACUCAUAGAGAUUUGGCUACAUGGGCACGGCAUCUUGUACAGAGUGCACAUGCAGCAGCCAUUUCUAUGAAAGAAGCUAGGUUUUCAUGUAUUUAUCAAGGUCAAGACUGUGUUCUGACUUUACAUUAUGAGAAUGGCUUUAUCCUCUUGGAUUCUCGUCGACUCACUGUCAUGUGGCAAUUGCCAUAUGAGAAACUCCGAAUGACAGCCGAUGAUGGCAUGAGACUUGUUUGGUUAGAUUUUGGAGGAGAAGAUGGUGAAAAGGAACUUGAUAUGCUCCAAUGUCCAAAACCUUUUGUCUUCACACUUCACACUUUUCUGUCUGCCAAAGUAACAAGACUGGGACUGUUGGCAUGACAAUUACAACAGGCUGAGGAAGCCAAUCGAGGAGGAGGUAUGACAUGGCCUCUCUUGCAAAAUAAUCCUCCCAAUUUCUCAGCCUUUGGCUGGCCCACUCAUGGUUAAAAUUUGCCAGCAACCCAAUUUUUCCACUUUCAUUUGUUACUUAUUCCUAUGAACUGAGAGGUUUACUAAGUGCUGUUAUAAAAAAAAAUAAUAAUAAUAAGAAAAAGUUGCCGAUAGAACUUGAUGGUAUUAUCAUAAGAUGUAUCCCCGUGAUAAUGGGAUUUGUGCUGCGAAUGCUCCUCUUAAAUAUAGACAAAUACAUUGAUGUCUUUGGCCAGUAACCUGCAUUUUCCCAUAGUUCAUUGCACAUCAAUCGGUCAUUAGUCAUCUCAGUUUUUUAAAAGAAGAAAAUGUUAAUCAAACUCAUUACUCGGAAUUUAAAUAGUGUAAUAAUGUUUACCUGUAAAUUUUUAUCUGUUUUUAUUUAAAAUUUUUAUUAAUUUGUACUAAUUUGUGUUGUUUCUAGUCUAUUCCCAGAUAUUUUUUUGCAGGUUAGGCUAAUGAACGUUUGCAAAAUAAAUAAAUAAAUAAAGUGUAUAAGGAUAAAUAAUUAUUAAUUUAUAAUAAUUCAAAAUUUAUUACAAUGAGAAUAUUUGUAUAUGUUUAAAAAUAUAUGAAAGAAAAUUAAUCAGAUCAGUUUAGUACCUUAAAUUCCCUAAUAUUCUUUGAUGUGGUUUCAGACGUUUCAAAUUUAUAUCUAAAAAAAUUGGGCUGAUUUAGAAACAAAGUCCUAGACCUAAACCACAAUUUAGACCUGCUUCUAUUCAUGUCUAGGCUAUGGCUUUUGACACAAUCAAUAAUAGUUGACAAUGGCCAAGUAAACAGUACUUGUCAAAGGGUAAAGAGAAAGGGUAGUCUAACUCAUUGUUUGGGUAAGACUUUGCUUCCAUCAUCAGCUCAAGUUGGUAAAAUUUAGAUGAAAAACUUCAUAACUGUUUAACCAAGUACACAAAUUAGUACAAAAUGUUUUUUGAUAAAUUUAUUGGAUGUAUUUUCCAAAGUAUUAUUCAGUACAGCAUUUAAAUUUAUCUAGUUAACUUUCUAACUUUCUAAUCGGAUCCAAUUGAGUCUGUUUUUCCAAACUUCUAAUGCAUGAAAUUAUUGAUUAAAUAAUGACAGAAGUGUGAAAAAUAGUUUGUUGGAUAAUAUUUCUGUCCAUACAUUCAGUAUUUGAAUUGUUAAAUAUGUGUGUUGUUAUUUAGGUUGCCAUUUAAAACAUUUUAUAAAAAUGUUGCAUUAUAGCAAAGGUCUCAAACUUUUAACAGGUUGUGGACCACAAACAGUUGCAGAGCAAGAUGCAUGCCAUUAAUAACAAUCUACCAAUUCCAAAUUGCUUUUUAAGGUCUUUAUUUUACUACACCUAAAUUCAAACUUUCCAGCAAAGUAAAAGUCCAAAAUUUUAAAGAUCGAAUGUUUUCGGCUGAUAAAUGCGACUCUACAGUUCCAGUUUAUGGUGAGGUUGUAUUUGUUUUAUUUUACUAAAUGAUCAAUCUUGUACUCACUUAACCUCUAUUGUCUGGUACUGCUUAACCAUUUUUAUAGCAUAAAACAAACAUUUUCGGCCUCAGUUGAGGUCUGCUU